CACAUAAGACUGGUCUCACAUCGGCCUUCGACAUACUGAUACUUUAACUCAGUUCCCACUAUUGCUUACAUUGUUAGUUGUAUUGUUGGUUUGGUAACGUGCGGUUGAUAUUGUGUCUCUUGUAAAAAUACAUCUAUAUGAUGAAUACAAUGAUAAGGAAAUAGUAAAUAAUUAUUAGAAAAUUGUUCAACAAACUGUUAUAAAUUAGAUACAAAAUUGGAGCAACUCUUUAAUGAAAAAAAGAAAAAAAUAUACUUGAAUUAAUUUUAUAAUUGAAUUAUUUUUAAGUCAUUUGCAUAAAAACAAACUACUGAAUUAUUUGUUAUAUUUAUUAUUGUGUUUAGUAAUAUAAACUAUUUAAAAAAUGAGUGAAAAAGGUGUUGUAGAAAAGAAACUCAAGUAUCCAAAGUCCGUCUUCUUUAUUGUGAGCAAUGAAUUCUGUGAACGAUUUUCAUUUUAUGGGUUACGAACUAUUUUGGCCCUUUAUCUCAAAACAAAGUUGGAGUACAGCUAUGAUACAUCUACCGUAAUCUAUCAUGUCUUUAUAAUGCUGGUGUACUUUUUUCCACUAUUUGGUGCAAUAAUAGCCGAUUCAUUACUAGGAAAAUUUAAAACAAUAUUAUAUCUCAGUAUUGUUUAUGCUAUUGGCCAGCUUUUAUUAUCAGCUAGUGCAGCACCAACAUUUGGAUUACCAAUGAGAGAAUUUUCGUUAAUUGGAUUAUUUCUAAUUGCAAUUGGUUCUGGAGGAAUAAAACCAUGUGUAGCAGCUUUUGGUGGUGAUCAAUUCAUCCUUCCACAACAGGAAAAAUACUUAGCAAUGUUCUUUUCAGUAUUUUAUUUUUCAAUUAAUUCUGGAUCAUUGGUAUCAACUUUCCUUACACCUGAAUUACGAAAUGGAGUUAAAUGUUUUGGUGAUACUACUUGUUACUCAAUAGCAUUUUUUGUACCUGCAGUCCUCAUGAUAGUUUCUAUAGUUGUAUUCCUAUUUGGAAAACCAAUGUACAGAAUGAAAAAACCUGAAGGCAAUGUGAUCUUGAGUGUUACGAAAUGUAUUUCAUACGCAGUUUAUAAAAAAGUAAAAUCAAGCAAAGUAAAUCGUCAACAUUGGCUAGAUCAUGCUGAUGAUAAAUAUGACAUUGAACUAAUAAGUAAUAUUAAAUCAACAUUGAAAAUUUUGACAUUAUUUAUUCCUCUUCCAUUUUUCUGGGCACUUUUUGAUCAACAAGCCUCUCGAUGGACUUUUCAAGCAACAAGAAUGGAUGGUCAGAUGGGAAGUUAUAUCUUUAAAGCAGAUCAAGUACAAGUUAUUAACCCAUUAUUCAUUGUUAUUUUUAUUCCCAUCUUUGAGACAUGUAUUUAUCCAGUAAUGGCUAAAAUUAAAUUUAUAAAUACACCUCUCAAAAAAAUGACGACUGGUGGCUUUUUAGCAGCUGUAUCUUUUAUUAUCUCUGGUCUCGUUGAACUACAACUUGAGACAACGUAUCCAAUUUUACCGUCAGAGGGAUUAGGACAAUUAAGGGUAUUUAAUCCUACAAAUUGUUCUAUUGGAUUUAAUGUUAAUAAUCAUACAUAUGAUAUACCAGCUAUGGGAAUGUGGGUUGAUAAUAAUAUUGUUGUAAAAGACGAAAUAACUUUGAACUAUUCCACCAAUUUUUCAAUUUGUGGCAUCAAAGACCCACAACAAGGUAAUCUUAAUGUUAUUGAGAAGAAAGCCAUGUCUUAUGUCUUAAUACCUGAUUUAACACCUUACAAAUAUGAAGAUAGUGUAAAUAAAACAGAUUCUGGUAAUCCUGUCAUCAGAGUACUUACUUAUAAUACUUUAGAAAAUAAUCGAACAACUAUGGUGGACAUAGUUAAAAAGGAUAAAACUAUAUUAACUUUUUCGACCAAUAGUUUAGCACCUCAAGUAGUGAAUCAUACUACAAUAGCAGAGCUUGAUCCAGGAACAUAUGAAGUAAAAGUUAAUGGAAUAGUUAGAAAAGAAAUUACUGUAAAACUUGGUGGUGUUUAUACGUUGGAAAUUUAUGUUCCUUCAAAAGAUCUAGUUGAAGUUAAUUCAAUUACUGUUACUGAACCAAAUUCAAUGCAUAUACUUUGGAUGAUACCGCAAUUCAUUAUUAUUACAAUGGGAGAAGUGAUGUUUUCAAUUACUGGCUUAGAAUUUGCCUUCACUCAGGCUCCUAUUAGUAUGAAGUCUAUACUUCAGGCUGGCUGGUUGUUCACCGUUGCUUUUGGUAAUCUCAUAGUUGUCAUCAUUGCAGAAGCGAAAAUUUUUGAACGGCAGGCAUUAGAAUUUUUCCUUUUCGCUGGGCUGAUGAUAGUUGACAUGUUAAUAUUUGCUGUUAUGGCAAAAUGCUACAAAUAUGUUGAAUUAAUUGAUAAUAAUAGUGAUAUUGAUGAAGAUAUGGAUGUAAGAAAUAGCUUGGCAUUGAAGGACCAAGGUGGACAAACUAAUCCAAGUUUUGUUAAAAAUGAUUAAUUAAUCACAUUGUAUAUUUUUUAAACCUCUUUUUUAUAUUUGUUUUUAUUGUAAAAUAAAUUUUUAAAAUUUUAAUAAUAUUUGAGAUAUUUUUAAA